ACACCAAAUGAUGACGUAAUACACGCGAAAAUAGGAUAUACACAAUCACAAGAGGCGAAGUCAUCUUCUAUUUACAUUUCACAAUAGAUUUUUACAUGCUUAGUUCCUGAUUGCUGGGGAAAAAGAUCAGCCAUAGCUUCAAAAUGUCUAUGGACAAACAUUUAUUUAACCUCAAGUUUGCAGCCAAGGAUCUUGAAAGAAAUGCCAAAAAAUCUGAAAAGUCAGAAAAAGAGGAGAAAAACAAAUGUAAAAAGGCUAUGCAAAAAGGUAAUGCAGAGGGAGCAAAGAUUCACGCAGAAAAUGCCAUCAGGCAGAAAAACCAGGCCUUAAAUUAUCGUAAAAUGAGUGCCAGGAUAGACGCAGUGGCAGCCAGAGUACAGACCGCUGUCACCACUAAACAGGUAACUGGAUCUAUGGCUGGUGUAGUCAAGUCCAUGGAGUCAGCCAUGAAAUCUAUGAAUCUUGAAAAGGUGUCCAAUCUUAUGGACAAGUUUGAGCAGCAGUUUGAGAACCUUGACGUACAGACCCAGGUGAUGGACGCCACCAUGAGCAAUGCCUCCACGCUAUCAGCUCCCCAGGGGGAGGUGGACAAUCUAAUGCAGCAAGUAGCCGACGAGGCAGGGUUGGAAUUAAAUCUCGAUCUACCAUCAGCACAAGCCACUUCCUUAUCAAGCACGGCUCAGGCCUCCACAGAACAAGAUGAGCUUUCACAGAGACUGGCAAAACUACGACAGUUGUAGAACAAGAUUGUUGACAAGAGCCGUGAGAGAGAGCUGUAAACUGUGAUUACAAAGGCUUCAAAUUAGACAUACAUGUACAACAUAAGCAUUCGUUCUAAAUACUGGCUCAUCAUAGCCUAUUUCAAUUUUUCUUCAUAAGAAACCGUCAAAAGAGCACUGUUUGUAAAACCAAAAUAAAU